AUGCCCCGCGCUAAAUGUUCAGCUUCGUACGUGGGCCAAUCAAACCCUGCUUCACAAUUUGACGUGAACAUUUACAAGAUGGUAGCGGUCUCGGACCUGGUGCGGAGCUGCUUAACCAAGUUCACCUCCUUGGUCUCCUCGGCUGCCCUCUCAGGUCAUGCAGAGGAGGUCUCUUUGCAAUCAUGGAAAGAUGAAAUAGGCCGACUGCGUAUAUGGUCGGCGAAUAUCGGUGCCCACCAAAGGGGUCAAUCAUCCCUUGACUUUCGCCUAAGGGAUGCAUCUCAUAUAAGAAGUCAAACGAUCAACCUUCUUCAAGGGCUUGAAGAUCUUCUAGACGAUUUGAAUGAGGUUCUCGAGGAGGUCUCAGACAACGAAGCCCCAGAGAAUGUUGAAAACCCCUCGGAUGACAACACGACCGAAAUUCAACAACUACACAAAGACAUUGUGGAGACAAUCCAUCAUCUCUAUCGGAUGUCCAUUAUCAUUCGAACGCCAGCUCAUCACGACCGACUUCUGGGAACUAACAAGUUAGACGCCCAGCCCUUCAAACAUUGGGCUCACAAUCAUGCUUCCAACAAACAUCCCCUGGCAGAUCCCGGAGUUCUCGAGUGUGUCAGUUCCGCAAUGGCAUUGCAGAGAGCUAUAUUGAAGUAUCGUGAACGACAUCAUGCCAAACUCAGCCAAAAUCUUGACGAUGGCAAUGAGGGCGAUCGAAAAUCAACUAUCCUGUCAGAAACAAUCGUGACGGAUAUAUGCCAUGAUCUGCCUUCUGAUUCCAACGACCAUUUCUCCGUGGCAGAUACAUCUGAAACACAAACCUCAUAUGCAGGCACAUUGAUCAAUGGGACAGGUGCUACGAUAAUCCCACCCUUGCCAAAAGAGGGUGCUGACAAAACACCAUUCGAAUGUCCCUAUUGUUUCUUGAUAAUCUCCGUUCGAGAUACGCGAGCAUGGGCUCGCCAUAUCUUUCGUGACCUAAUGCCAUAUGUGUGCAUUUUCCCGGGUUGCUCUGGCAAACUAUAUGAAAGUCGCCGACAGUGGUAUGCCCACGUUGAGAAUGCACAUGCAGAUUCAAUGUCAUUCCCCAAAUUUGACUGCUCUAUAUGCAAGGAUACCUUUUCUACUGCUAAGUAUGAGCGGCAUGUGAGUCGUCAUUUGGAAGAGCUGGCUCUCUUUCUUCUUCCUCGAUCGGUAGAGAAAGAGGACAGUGAUCAAGACACAGAUGAAGAAUCAGAACAUGCAAUGAGUGAUGAGCUCAGACAGAAGCCUUAUAUCGACCAAGCUCUGCUUAUUCCUGACCUUGCUCAUAACGAACUGCUCGAAUCGGACAAUCCUCCGAUUUUCGAAACACUCCCACAGAAUGAACCUUUUGGGAACAUUGGCGAUGAAUCUCGAGAAGCUGAGGAGCCAGAACCUUGGCUCGAACGUCCAAACCUUCCAUGGCUCGAUGAUGCCCCAUACAUUGCUCCGUACAUCGAUGGCAAUGGCGCUGAAGAGAGCGACGAUGAUGAACCUAUCAUGUCCUCGCGUGGCAGGUCAGGCCAUGAUCAAAUUAUCCUGAAAUACCGUGGAAUCUCUCAUACUGUGGACAUUUUUGAGUUCAGCAUUGACGACGGAAGUCUCAACGUUGGCAAAGUACGGAAGAAAGCUGCCAGCAUAUUUGGUAAACCGAGCGAACGGGUCAAAUUGCUAUUCAAAGGGCGCAUGCUGAAAGAUGACGAGAUCGCAUACCUAAGGCGCCGAAGCGCCGCGCAAGAGGAUAUUGUGCAAGCAUCUGUUAAUGGCUUCAUUGAAGAAAUUAGAGCCUCGAACCUCAGGUCACCCUCUUCCCCUGCCACACUUCUUACAAUGAGAUACGGAGACGCCUGGUAG